AUGAUGAGAAGGGCUGGUGGUGUGUUCCCAGUACGUACUGGACUGGUGUGCCGGGCGCCGUCCGCGUCGCAGUUGCGCGGCCGCCGGCUGGUGGAGGCGUGCUGCCACGAGCAGCAGCUGCCGUCGCGGUCGCGGCUGCCCGUCGCGGCCACCGCUAGCGGUGCCGUCGGCCGCUGCACCAGGCGCAUGCUGCGCCAGCUCUCCUGCCACGCCGGACUCGCUGUCACCAGCGAACAACUGGCCAGGUCUACCCAGUGUCGCCUCCAACGAUGGCUUUGUUCAUCAGCGGCAGCCUUGCCUCAUCCAGUGCUGAGCCGCAAUCUGAUGACAUCCCCUCAGUCGCCGUCAUCCUCCUCUGGACCUGGUAGUGGUGAUACAACUAUAGGACCUGGUGCUGGGAGUGGCCCCACCAAACAAUCACCGCCACAGCCACCACCUUCAACUACUGGACAAGGUUCUGGAAAGGGAAAGGAUGGUGGGCAGCUCACUUGCCCCAAGUGUGGAGAUCCUUGCACACAUGUCGAGACUUUUGUCUCCUCAACAAGAUUCGUGAAAUGUGAAAAAUGUCAUCACUUCUUUGUUAUUUUGUCAGAAGUAGAAUCAAAGAAAACUCUAAAGGAAAAUCGUGAAGAAUAUAAAAACGGAUUUUUCAGGAGACCGCCUCCCACACCAAAGAAGAUCUAUGACUAUCUCAACAAGCAUGUGGUAGGCCAAGAGGAUGCAAAGAAAGUUCUCUCUGUGGCUGUGUAUAACCACUACAAGAGGAUUUACAACAACAUACCUCUGACUCAGCAGGUGCAACAAAAUCAGCAACAGCAGCAGCAACAACAGCAGCAAGUGCCACAGCAGUCGUUCACACACAGAGAUUUAAUGCAUAUCUCUGGCAUUGGACACACCUCAUCAUUUGGUGUGGGGUUUCAGCAGCCAAUGUCUCCUGACCCUGUGUCUCGAAGACCCUCCUCAAUGGCUGUAGGAAGUGAGAUUCUAGAUUGCACCACUCAUGAAUUACGCCUGGAGAAAAGCAAUAUCUUAUUGUUAGGUCCUACUGGGUCAGGAAAGACUUUGUUGGCUCAGACAAUUGCCCAGUGUCUUGAUGUGCCAUUUGCUAUAUGUGACUGCACUACACUAACACAAGCGGGAUAUGUUGGCGAAGACAUUGAGAGUGUUAUUGCAAAACUCUUACAAGAUGCCAACUAUAGUGUUGAACAUGCUCAAAUGGGCAUUGUGUUUCUUGAUGAAGUGGAUAAGAUAGGGGCAGUUCCUGGAAUACAUCAGUUGAGAGAUGUUGGUGGAGAAGGUGUUCAGCAGGGAAUGCUCAAGAUACUGGAGGGAACCAUAGUAAAUGUCCCAGAGAGAAAUUCACCUCGUAAAUUACGUGGAGAAACUGUCCAGGUUGACACUACAAAUAUAUUGUUUAUAGCAUCAGGUGCCUAUAAUGGACUUGAUAGAAUUAUAAGUAGGAGAAAGAAUGAAAAGUACCUAGGUUUUGGAGCUCGCAGUUCAGAAUCACCAGGCCGAAGAGCAGCUACACUUGCCGAUCAGGCAAAUCAGAGCAGUGUGUCAUCAGUGGAGGAAGACAAUGCCGAAAAGGAUGCAUUCCUGAGACAAGUGGAAGCGCGAGAUCUCAUUGAAUUUGGCAUGAUUCCGGAAUUUGUUGGUCGGUUUCCUGUUCUUGUAGCAUUCCAUUCAUUGAAUCAGGAACUUCUUGUUCGCAUACUUACGGAACCAAAAAAUGCUAUGGUUCCCCAGUACCAAAUGUUAUUCAAUAUGGACAAAGUUGAUCUAACAUUCUCUCCAGAGGCUUUAAAAUCUAUUGCAAAACUAGCCAUGGAGAAGAAAACAGGAGCACGUGGCCUGCGGUGUAUAAUGGAAAAGUUGCUUCUCGACCCAAUGUUUGAAAUACCAGGUUCAGAUGUUCUCAGUGUGCACAUCACAGAGGAUGCUGUCAUUGGAAAGGGUCAUCCCAUAUACAUUCGCGGCAAACCUGUUCAACAAGUGGAGGAAGACCAGUCAGUAGAACUAGAAGCACAUGCUGAGGCAAAGUAGUGACAUGUGAAACACUUAAGAUAAUUUUCCACACAGGACUAAAGUGGCAAUAGGCGGUUAAGUGAGGCAAAACAUUUAAUAUGAUCAUCUGUUUUCAUAGUGCUAAGAGGUUACAACUACAGUGUGCAAAAUUAUCAAGUUUUUAUUGAUAUCUCUGUAAAUAGUAUUGGAAAAUUGGUUGUUAUGUUUAUUGGAUUUUGCUCUUAGUGGUACCUGAAAGUCUGUUAGUUUGUUUGUUUUUCUCCUUGUUUGUGGUUCCUAAGGUGUGAUUGUUAGUGAGGUUCUCAGACUCGAACAUGUUGACAGGAAAUCACAGUUUUUGUGUGGUCCCCAUGAACAUAACUAUUCUUGUAAUAAUAGUUGCUUCAAACUGUAUCUGUUGCUUGUAGCUUUCACAGACUACCUUCAUUUUAGUUGUUAGGAAUCAUAUGUACCACUAUAGAAAAUUCUGUGAUAAACUGUGCUGAAUCAGUUGUGUGUGUACAUGGACACACUACAUUGUUCAGAUAAGUUUAUGUUCAUCCUUACAACUGUCUUUGGUGUGAGAGAUUUUAUGUCUGAGGUUGAGUCGUGAAAUGUGUUUGUAAGAGUAUUUUGCACAGAUUGUUUAGCAGUGAGUUUGUGAUCCAUAACCAUCAAACAUGGCUAUUGUUUCAGAGGAAGUUGACGUGACUUCAGUUACAAUAGUGAUCAUGCAGGCAGUCAUUGAAAGCUCUGACAACAGCUUAAAUUUCAUUUAAAUUGUGUGUGUGUGUGUGUGUGUGUGUGUGUGUGUGUGUGUGUGUGUGUGUGUGUGUGUGAGAGAGAGAGAGAGAGAGAGAGAGAGAGAGAGAGAGAGAGAGAGAGAGAUGUCAUGUGGGUUUGGGUUAUAUUAACUUCUCAGAUAUGUGGUCCUUGUGGCUUGAAAUGUUUUUACUGAGUAUUACGACAAGAAACUGUUGACAAUAACAGAUAAUUUCAUAGUUUUGAGUCAUUUUAAAGGAAUGGUGCAUAUUUCUUCCUUUGGAAUGUGUGACAUCUCAGUUCUGAACUGAAAAUGUGCUGUUGUUGAAAUAGCUUUUUCAUGUUGUUUUAAAGACAGAAGUGUACACAGACGGAAAAGAGAACUUUGCUCCCACUGUUGAGAAAUGAUGAACUUCAGAAGUUAUGUUAUUUUUGUAAUAAAACUGUUUACUAAAAUUGUGAGUUUUUAACAUUUUCCCCUUCUUCCCCCUUUUACAUAUUUUAUUGCGUUUUCCCGUAUGAAACCAAUCUGUACUAAAACCAGUUAACAAAAUCUUAUGAGUGUACAAGUAUGCAAAUUUCUGAAGACACAGUCAGUUAUCCAUAACCCCUUCCUGUUUUCCUAUUUAUCACUCUGACUGCUUACUGCCCAUGACUUCAUCACAAAUCUUUUGCUUGUGAUACAGAUUUAGUUUGGGGGGGGGGGGGGUUGGAGGAGGGGAAGGAAUUAGAUGGGAUGGCUGCACACAUUUUUCUACUGACCAAAGAAAGACUCUUAGCAGUCUUUAUUGAAAAUGUCAUUUGAUAUCAGUAAAUCAUUCUGUGUGAAUGAUUGGCUGUAUUUUGCUGCAGAUUUAUUCCCUGUGUCUUUUAUAAACACUCUUGUGUAUUUUGUUCAUUCCACUGCUGUUGCUGGGCUAAUAAUUUACCUUCUUGCCUAACUUCUUUUCAAAAGAGAAUGAGAGGACUUGGCUUCCCUUUUGCUUUGAGCUAUUAUAUUAAGUUGUAGAAGAAGUUGUAUAUAUUUGUGAUUCCUGUAGUAGAUGUUGCUAUUGUUUCCAUUAGUCAGAUUUGUCUCUUUUUUUAUUUUUUUUAUGUAUCUGUUUUUCUAAAUACACUUUGAGUGCUUCAGAGGUGCAUUUGGAUAGAAAACCAAAUCUGAACUAUACCUUGUAGUUAUUGGUUACUGUGGAUUUCUCUCUUAUCCCUAUGUUUAUAGUAAUACUUACUUUUCACACCUCAGUUUAUAUUAUUUGUGAAUCAGCAUUGUAACAAUUUUGUAAUAUAGUGAGAAAAUGUAUGUCUUAUACAAAUCA